AUGAUUUUUACCCUCCGGCAACUUCAAGAGAAGUGCCGCGAGCAGAACACUCCCCUGAUGAUCGCGUUCGUCGACCUGAACAAGGCCUUCGACACGGUAAGCAGGGAGGGUCUGUAUAUGGCACUAGAGAAAAUAGGAUGUCCCCCAAAGCUGUUGAGUCUUGUAAAAGCCUUUCACGAUGGUAUGAAAGGUUCCAUUGUCUUUAACGGACUGCAGUCGGACACAUUUGAGAUGCGAAGAGGGGUUCGGCAGGGCUGCGUUUUAGCGCCAACGUUAUUCGGCAUAUUCUUUUCCCUGUUACUAAAGAUUGCCUUUGGUGACACUCUGCAGGGAAUCCACCUUCAUACUAGAGCAGACGGUAAGUUGCUGAAUGCUCAACUUCUGAAAGCUCGACGUAACCGCGAAGAUUUAUUUCUUGAUAGCAUGCUUUUUGCCGAUGACGCAGCAUUUGUUGCCGAAACACCUCAUGAGCUCCAAGUCCUGCUGGAUAAAUUUGCCUACGCUUGUGGCUUAUUUUCCAUGUCCAUAAAUACGAAGAAGACAGUAAUUCUAGCGCAGGGUUACACAUUCCAGCCGUCCAUCUCGCUGGAAGGCGUACCCUUGGAUGUAGUCGAUAAGUUCUGCUACUUAGGGUCGACCGUGUCGAGCAACCUUUCGCUUGAUGCAGAGGUCAAUAUUUGCAUCGGCAAGGCGGCCACGACGUUCGGUAGGCUGCGUGCAAGAGUAUGGAACAACAAACACCUUACGACGAAGACCAAGAUGACUGUCUACCAAACUUGUGUCUUAAGCGUGCUCUUGUACGGGGCCGAAACUUGGACGUCGUACGCUAAUCAGGAACGAAGACUGAACACCUUCCACAUGCGCUGUCUUCGGAGUAUACUCGACAUAACAUGGAAAGAUAGGGUCACCAACGAAAGUGUGCUGGGCAUCGCUCAGCUGCCUAGUAUUACCGCGCUCCUAAAGCAGAGACGCUUGCGGUGGCUGGGCCAUGUCCAGCGUAUGGACAGUACUCGUUUGCCCAGACGGACUAUGCUGUGCCAAAUCGCAUCAGGCAAGCGCAAUGUAGGACGCCCACUCCUCCGCUUUAAGGACUGUGUAAAGCGCGAUAUGGUAGCUUUUAACAUAGAUUUUAACUCGUGGGAAGACCUAGCAGCAAACCGCGUCGAGUGGAGGGCCAGCCUUUUAAGAGGUCGUGAAACCCAUGACAGGUCCUGGUUUCAAAACUUAGCCCGAAAACGGGCAAUAAGGCAUAACGAGGAUCGCGCUCGUGUAGAGAUAGAGACUAAUUCUAGUUUUAUUUGUGACAGAUGUGGUAGGUUAUGCCGAUCACGAAUCGGGUUAUAUAGCCACAAGCGCCGCUGUCCCUAUAGAUCUGAGACGCUGCUUGAAUCAUCUGUAAAGAUGUACAAGGCCUGA